UCCACAGGCGUGGUUCAAAUGCGGAAGGUUUCACUCUAAUGUCAGUUCCCUAAAACAGUAGUCUCAUAUGGGAAUCCACUAGCAGGUGUCUCGGGGACAGUUUAAUCUCAUGGGGGAAUGUUUGAGGAAAACUUGCCCAUGUCUUAAGACAUUAUGGGACAGAAUAUACGGAUCCUCAACGACCUACGGAGAAAACAGCGUGAAAGCUGACAGUGACAGUACGGGCGAUGGGCUCGGUAAUACGGAAUUUGACCGUUACGGAAAGCCGGCGAGCGCGCCGCUGCCACCUCGGAAGACAGCCGCUCUUCAUACGGCUCUGUGGGACUUUGAGGCACGCGACGGCCAGGAGCUGUCGUUCAAAGCUGGUGAUAUGUUAGAGAUAAUCACGAGUUCCGGUGACUGGUGGAGUGCGAGGAAAAUCGAUUUGUACGGCAGCUUGGCCACCGGUUUUGUACCGUUCAAUUAUCUGGCGCGUGCGGAGUCCGUGGAGUCUCAACCGUGGUUUUUUGGAAAGAUGAGCCGUGUUGAAGCAUUGAGUCACCUCAUGUCAGCAGAAAAUGAUAAUGGAUCCUUUCAUGUGCGAAUCAGUGAGACUGAUAUCAUGGGCUUCGUACUCUCAGUGAAAUCACAGGCCAAAGCAAAGCACUUCAAGAUCUACCAUACUAGUGGUCAGUUCUAUGUGGAUCCUUCUCCUCGGUUUGCCAGUAUAUUAGAGGUGGUUGAAUAUUAUCGAACUCACCCACUCUCCACUUCGGACCUACUUAGGCAACCCUGCAUUCGGAAAAGGCCUCAGCUGCAGGAUCUGUCGCCCUCCACAGUUGAUGAAUGGGAGCUGCCUAAAGACCAAUUUACCCUUGAGAAGAUGCUUGGCGGUGGCCACUUUGCAGAUGUUUACAGCGGCAAGUGGAAAAAUCACACUAAAGUGGCCAUCAAAAUCCUCAAGAACAAUGCAGAUGCUCUUGUGCAGAAGGACUUUCAGUUGGAGGUGCAGAUCAUGAAGCGUUUGCGUCACAGGCACCUGAUUUCUCUCUUUGCCGUCUGCACUUCCUCCGCCCCAUUUUACAUCAUCACCGAACUAAUAGAGAAGGGAGACCUGCUUAAGUUCCUCUUAAAAAAUCCAGAGGGUAGUGCAUUGGACAUGGAGUCUCUGAUCGACAUGGCAGCUCAAGUGGCAGAUGGGAUGGCAUACUUAGAGACACAUAACAGUAUUCAUAGAGACCUUGCAGCAAGAAAUGUUCUAGUCGGGGAGGGAUAUGUCUGCAAAAUUGCUGAUUUUGGCCUAGCUCGAGUCAUUAAGGAGCCUGUUUAUGUAUCUGAUGACAAGAAAAUCCCAUAUAAAUGGACCGCGCCUGAGGCUAUCGGUCAUGGCCGUUACUCAAGCAAAUCUGAUGUCUGGUCAUUUGGGAUUCUCCUUUAUGAGAUUGUCACAUAUGGAGCAAUACCUUAUCCAGGUGUCCGUAAUUGUGAUGUGUAUGAUCUCGUCACACGAGACAACUAUAGAAUGCCUUCACCAUCUAAUUGUCCAGAGGUUAUUUAUAACAUCAUGCGAUCUUGCUGGAGAGCAGAGCCAGAGGACCGUCCGACUUUUAAGAUUCUGAGGCAUGAACUAGACAACUAUCAAGGCAAGUAGGGGGACUUGGGUAAAUUGGACAGUUAGAUUCCACCCCUUCCAAACAUCCUGAAGUCUUAAACUCUUAUAUAGUAAAACAAGACUGACCUUGAACAAUGCUUAAAGACAGGUGCAUCAUACAAUCAUCUUUGAUGGAUUAGAUGGACUGUAGAUUAGUCCACCAUAUCAGUUUUCAGAUAAUGAGGAAGAGGCAUGCAUGAAGCACUUUUUAAAAUGUAUUUGUGUUCAAAGGAAUUAUUGACAAUUUAAUGAGACAUAUGCU